CACUUCCCUUCCCUCCCCACUAAAACCCUAGCCACAGCACAGAACGCAAAGAGGGGUUUUUCCGUCCUCGUCCGAAGAUCGCCGCCGCCCUCCCACACCUCACCGCCGCCGACGCCAUGGCGCUCUACCGCCGUCUCCUCCUCCUCCGCCGCCUCUCCGCCCUCCACCCGCGCUCCGCCGCCCUCUCCUCCGACGCCGUCCCCGCCGAGGCGCGGCUCCACCGCCCCCCUCCCCACGCGCUGCUCGCCCCGGCGCGUGGCCUCGCCUUCUCCUCCGCCGAGGAGGCCGCGGCCGAGCGGCGGAGGCGCAAGCGGAGGCUCCGCAUCGAGCCGCCGCUCCACGCGCUGCGGCGCGACCCUUCCGCGCCGCCCCCGCCGCGUGACCCCAACGCGCCGCGGCUCCCCGACACCACCUCCGCGCUCGUCGGGCCCCGCCUCAGCCUCCACAACCGGGUCCAGUCGCUCAUCCGCUCCGGCGACCUCGACGGCGCCUCCGUCGCGGCCCGUGCCGCGGUGAACUCCCGCGUCCGCCCCACCGUCUUCACCUGCAACGCCGUGGCGGCCUCCAUGGUCCGCGCCGGCCGCCACGACGACGCCGUCUCCCUCUUCGACUUCUUCUUCCGCCGCUCCAACAUCGUCCCCAACGUCGUCUCCUACAACACGCUCAUCCUCGCCCACUGCGAGGCCGCCCGCGUCGACUCCGCGCUGGAGGUGUACCGCGAGAUGCUCGACAACGCGCCCUUCUCCCCGUCGGCCGUCACCUACCGCCACCUCACCAAGGGCCUCGUCGCCGCCGGCCGUAUCCAGGACGCCCUCGACCUCCUGCGCGAGAUGCUCAACCGCGGCCAGGGCGCUGACUCCCUCGUCUACAACAACCUCAUCGCCGGCUACAUCGAACAAGACAAUUGGGACAAGGCCUUCGAGCUCUUCGAGGAGCUCCAGGGGAGGUGUUUGGUCUAUGAUGGCGUCGUCCACACCUCCUUCAUGGAGGGGUACUGGAAGAAGGGCAUGGACAAGGAGGCCAUGGAGAACUACCAGUCGCUGCUGGACAAGAAGUUCAGGAUGACCCCUGCCACCUGCAACGUGCUGCUUGAGACGCUCUUCAAGCAUGACAAGCAUAAGGAGGCAAACGACCUCUGGGAGUCCAUGAUCGACAACCACACCCCGCCGAGCUUCAUCGGCAUCAACAGCGAGUCCUACAAUGUCAUGGUCAAUCAGUGCUUCAAGGAGGGCAAAUUCCACGAGGCGAUUGAGGUGUUCCACAGGCAGCCCAGGAAGAAUGUCCAGAUGGAUGUUGGCUGCUUCAACAACAUCAUCGGGAAGCUUUGUGAGAAUGGGAUGCUUGCAGAGGCGGAGAAGCUUUUUGAGGAAAUGGAAACCAAGUCGGUGCUUCCAGAUGUAUACACCUACACUUACCUGGUUGAUUCGUGCUUCAAGGAAGGCCGAGUGGAUGAUACUGUUCAGUAUUUCUAUAAAAUGGCAGAUGGAAGGGAGCAUGGACCAAAGUUCAAUAUUGGUUUCUUCAAUCGGAUGUUUGAAGGACUUACAGAAGCUGGCCAGAUGGAUGAUGCCUUGAAGGUCUAUGGAAGGAUGGCUGACAAGGAGAUCAAGCCAAACACAACCACCUUCGAGAUCCUGAUUAAUGCAUUGUGCAAGGAAGGGAACUUGGAUCAAGCACGGGACUUGGUGACUGAAAUGGCAAGGGGUGGUGUUGCUUGUCCUCCUGAGUUCCGGGAGUCUGUUAUUAACAUUUUCAAGAAUGAUGGCCGGCAGGAAGAGGUUGAGAAAGCUUUUGAAGAGAAGCCAGUGCCACUGCCUCCUCCGCCUAGGCCAGAGUAUCGCCCUCGCAGUUCACCCCAAGGGCUGCCAGGAUUUGCAUCUAAUCAGGCACGGGGUAACUACAUGCCUCACCAAGGCCAACCGACAUAUGGUUCUCAACAAUUUCAUCCUGGUCUUGGUGGAUCCCAAGUGACACAGCCUCAGGGGAUGCCUCCUAAACCUCAGCAGCCUAUGUUUGGAAGCCCUCAAGUUGACAGGUCAGAGUUCGGUAGCCGUCCAUUGCAGCAUGGAUUUGGUGCUCCUGAUCCACGGCAACCUGGGGUUGUCUCCAUGACUCAACCUCGAGAUGUCAGUACUCCCAAUACAUGGCAAGGUGUUCGUGCAACUCAAGGAACACAGCAUGGGAUGGGUUCUUCUCAUCCAUGGCAACAUGCUGUUGGCCUUGGUCAAGUGCAACAAGCUGAUUUUAGAUCAGCUCCACCGAUGCAGCCUGGUUUUGGUCACCCUCAACCACCACAACCAAUGCAUAGCGCUCCUCAGACACAGCAGCAUGGUUUUGGCACAUCUCAUCCGUGGCAUACAGGCUUCAGUGCUCCGCAAGCUCAACAGCCUGGUUAUGGUGCACCUCAGUCAUCGCAGCAUCCUGUUGGUUCCACUCAGCCACCACAGGGACAUUUUGGUGCUCAAGUACCACCACCACCACCACCUGGUUUUGGCUCUCAGAGCCGACCGGAGUAUGGUCACGCAGUAGAUCAGCAUAAUCGCUUUGGGUCUCCUCAUGUUGAGCCAAAAUUCAACACACAGCCUCCACGGCAGGGAAUUGGUGCUCAGGUCCCUUCUGGAAAUUAUGCCCACCAAGGUCAGAACAGUUUUAGUUCUCACCGUGGACAAGUAGGAUUUGGAAAUCAAGGGGUACCACCUGAAUAUAGGGCUUCUCAGAGCCAACCCUCACAUGGUGCUGCCUGGAACCAAAGAGGCUAUGGAUUGCCUGAAGAGCAAAUGGGACAUGAAGAUCCUCAAGUGGUGCCUCAUGCUUAUGCACGUGUUAGGUGAAGGAUGUCUCCAUGAGACAUUCAAUAAUAGCAACUCAGGUUCCUCAAGCAUCAGCUAGUUCAAUAGCAUUUUGUUUGGAACUAUUGUGGGGAAUUGAAAUCUUUUGGACCAGGGAAAAAUAUUGAGUUAGUCAUUCAACUAUGUUAACAACACACAUAUAUUUAUAAUGGUUUAGCCACCAAUUGGUA